GCGUGCUGUUCAAAAUUCCCAUGGUUGACAGCAUGCAUACGCCGAGCACAGGCAAUCGAUGAACAUAUACAGUUUCUCGUCCUUUCCCUCUCGCCAUCACCUUGAACUUGGGAAACGAUGUCUUCAAGUCACUUUUUUGAGGGUUCAUCUAAGAUACAUUUCUCUGGCAAUCCGUUAUUUACGCAUGCAAAUACGGUCACAAUCAACAACUAUUCAGCGCCAGCACGCACGGCACCCGAACUUGGAAUUACGAGCUCUCGGAGGGACGACGACCAAUGGCUUACUUUGCGUGGCGGACAAAGGCUCAGACGGAUAGACAUGUGCGAUGUACUCGUUCUGGGUGAGGUGUCCUCAGAGACACUUUAUGUUUCGGUCAAAUUGAAGUCCACGAACCCAUUCCGAAACAGAGUGAAAAGUAUUGUGAAGAUCCGGAAAAGGACACAAAGCGCGGAAAUUGUUCCUGGGUUUGGAGAUCGACGGUUUACGGUCGUUUCACUUGAGCCCGAGGAUGAUGGAGAUGUCGAGAGGAUACAGAGGGUAUUGGAGCCACUUUAUGAAACUGCUCUUUCUCAACGGCGAGUAUGGCUCACACAACUGUUUGGAGUGGGUCGGUCAAGGACACCAACAUUGAUAUACCACGACGAGGUCGUCGAUGGGGAGACUCUCUUGGACCAAUACGAGAAGACACUAAUUGUGGGGACCUACCUGCUCUACAGAUUUGCCAAAUCAUUUACCGACGUACUAGAUGACGCAACUUUACAGAAAUUGUCGAUUCCGUUUCCGACCGAAUCUGGGUGGACGUUCAAUCUGAGGACUCGUUCAUUCCAGUAUGACGUCAUAAACUUGGCACUCUCCGACGACGGCCCUCCAGACUACUUGCAUCAACCGCCCCCGCUUCCACGCAAUUGCAAUCCACUGCUCGAUUCCAACGAGAUCAUCCGCGCUGUUCCGGACUUCUUACAGCUGUUUUUGACGUUUGCAAGUUAUAUGUCGCAGAUCUUCCGCCACCAUGACGUCCUCACAUUUGGCACUGUUGUUGACCUCGAGGAACCUGGAAUCCUCGCAUACUUUCCGUCCAUCCCAUCUCCUGUGUGGUUCUGUCGGCUUCCUAUUGGUACUCACGAUAUUGUUGCCAAGUAUUCGAAAUCAGUCCCUUCGCUAGUUGAUCUCACUUUCGUGAAGAAUAACAAUAAAUGGAAAUUGAAUGUUCAGUUCUCAUUACGACUAUCACCAGGGGAUUCCCAGCGAUUCCGGACUGCCUUCCUUGCGCAGUCGUUUACUCAUCGUACAGGUGAUCCCGAAGACUUGGUCUUCGUUAAUGAAACUGGCUUUGAACUCAAGGGCACCUUCACAUCUGAUCUGUCAAGUUGCAAUCCGCCGAAAUACCUACAUGUCCCGCCUCUUUCCCCCAAAUGGAUCGACAACAUGCCCUGCCUUCGCUGGCCAUCACCCCGAAUCUUUUACCGGUCCUUUGACCGUUGUGGGAGGAUGGAGAUACCAGAAGAAAACUGGGACAAGUAUGGAAUCCCAAACCUGAAAGUAGCGACAUUUGUCGGGUCAAAGUGGGAUAAUGAGGAUUAUGAGACAGUUGUGGAGUAUCUUCAGCUUACCAAGUAUGACCUCGGUGGUCAACAGUUUGCUGACGAUCAUGGGUAUCCGAUUCUAGUCAAAGGUGACCCUCAUGCUGCCGCAAUCCAAACUCUGCGAAACGCUAUCAUGUCCGGGAAAUCGGAAAAGGCAAUUUAAAGCACCACAAACUCAUCCGGAAAGGGCAAACAAUCGAAAGCUCCUGAUUUCCAAGCGGGUCGUAUCGAACAAGCAUCCAUAAUCGAAAUUUCAGAUUGAUAGUAUACCGGCGUACACAAAUUAGGUGGGCCAACAACCAAAUGCGCGCGGUCAACGACUUGGUGGUGUAUGAUUGCAGAUUUGAGGUCGAUGGAUUUGGCCUGGUAGUCAUAUAUUGCGAUAUCAUUUCCCAAUAAAAUAACAAAUUAUUACAGCGUUUUCGUGACGGUCUUC